AUGGAGUAUGUCGGGUUCCUUCGUGGCGACAGCGAAGACAUGUAUUGGGCCGAUGUUACGCCGCUAACCCAAGACAGCAUAUUCGGAAGCCAGAUCCCAGCGGCGGAUGUCCAGAGUGGGGAGCCUACUGGAGAUGUCGCUCCUGGGGGUGGCCGUGGAGCCAGUUACAGGAUUGAGGAGGACCUUCUACUGGUGGGGGCAUGGCUGCAAGUGAGCAUGGAUCCCGUGGUAGGGAGCAAUCAGACGUUCGGUGCUUUCUGGCAGCGGGUGGAGACUUUCUACCACGAGAACAAAAAAUUCUCGUCCACCCGCAAUCGGAAGUCACUUCAGGGGAGAUGGACUUUCAUCAAUGGUAUGGUGCAGAAGUUCUGCGGCCAUUAUGCUAGGGCGCAGCGCAACAGGAGGAGCGGAACAACCGAGGCGGAGAUGGUCGUGGAGGCGUGCACGAUGUUUCAAGCCGCUGAGCACAAGGAGUUCACCUUGCUGCCAUGUUGGAGGGAGUUGAGGGAUCAUCCCAAGUGGCAGGUAGAAAGCUCGCGCAAAAGGCAGAAGGUCUCCGCCGCGGGAAGCCCCUCAUCGACACCCAAUGUAGGCUCAUCUGCCGGCUUCAAUGGAGCGGAGGAUGUGGAUGCAACUCCAUCCAAUGCCGGUGAACGUGGCAAACGGCCACCAGGUCGGACUCGGUCGAAGGAAGCCCGCGGUAAUUCAUCGUCGAGUUCAGCCUCUGGGCCCAUGACGGACUUAUUCGAUCGGCAGUUGGCAAUGAAAGACAAGAUUGAAAAGGAAAGAGCUGAGAGGUUUGCAGAGUUGAUGGAUGUUGAGCGGCAAAGGCUAAGGCUCGAGGAAGAACGAAUGAAAAUGGAACUUGAAAAGGAGCAGCAGAGGCUAAGGCUCGAGGCGGAGCGUAUGCAAAUGGAGAAGGAAAAGGAGGAGAGGCACAUAAUGAGCAUGGACCUUUCUCAAAUGGACGAGGACCAGCAGGCCUACUACAAGAGCCUCAGGCAGAGCAUCAUUGCCGCUAGGCGCGUCACCGGAGGCCCAUCUUUGUGA